UGAACACAGGCACAGACAGAGGGCUACCAAACGAAAGAAAUCGUUGCGGAAAGAAAGUGGAGGUAGAGAAUAUAAUUCGUAGUCGACAGGUUUGUAUGCAGAUGCUUAGUAACAUAUAUCUUCGAUAGAGAAAAGCGUCUAAUUACUCGACAUAGAAGAUUAGUGCAUUGGUGUUCAACAGAGGAAUAUAAAAAUGUCGUCUCCAAGUCCGGGUAAAAGGCGAAUGGAUACCGACGUGGUGAAACUCAUUGAGAGUAAACACGAAGUCACAAUCCUCAGUGGACUCAACGAAUUUGUAGUCAAGUUUUAUGGACCACAAGGAACACCGUAUGAAGGGGGUGUGUGGAAGGUGCGAGUAGAUCUUCCCGACAAAUAUCCUUUCAAAUCUCCAUCUAUAGGAUUCAUGAAUAAGAUAUUUCAUCCUAACAUUGAUGAAGCGUCAGGGACCGUGUGUUUAGAUGUGAUCAACCAGACAUGGACCGCUCUGUACGAUCUCACCAAUAUAUUUGAGUCGUUCCUGCCACAGUUGCUGGCAUACCCCAAUCCCAUCGACCCUCUCAAUGGAGACGCCGCUGCCAUGUACCUUCACCGGCCAGAGGAGUACAAGCAGAAAAUCAAAGAGUACAUCCAGAAAUAUGCAACUGAGGAGGCUCUGAAGGAGCAGGAGGAGGGUGCGGGAGACUCCUCAUCAGAAAGCUCCAUGUCAGACUUCUCAGAGGAUGAGGCCCAGGAUAUGGAGUUGUAGUGAACUGCAGCUCUCUUUCCCCCCUCCUAAACCACAGAGACUAUAUGAUUUCCUAACCAUGAGAACCAGACUAUAAUAUUCAUAUUUAAACAAGGUGAUUUUUUUUUUAUUAUUAUUAUUAUUACUAAACCAGGAUUUUUAUGGAUAUCUAGCGUUGAUGAUAAAUAUGGCACCCUAUUUAGGUGUUUCUCUAUUUUUUUUUUUUUUUAAUCAUUAUUUUCACCACCUCCACCCCUGAAAGGCCUGUAGUGUUUUUCCCCCUUGUCCCUUUGUUGGUAGCUGCGUAGCUCCGAAGCAUGUUAUCACUGCCCUGGUUCUCUUUACCCAUCACCGGCUGGUUCAGACAGAACUCUGUUUGUCAAUGCUGUGAGGGCCGUGGACAAAUUUUUCCCUCCUUUUUUUUUCUCCACUUGAUGUUAAGUAGCGUACCAUGGAAGACCUAGGUUGUUAUCCUGAUGGUACAGUUGUUUUGGUCGCCGGUUCCCUGACUUUCCAGGGUCUUUUAAUGCAGCCCUAUAGUACAGAAUGUGUUCAGGUGGAGUUGUGCAUUCAGAGGGAUGUGACUAUUUUUUUUUUUGUUUUGUUUUUGGCACGGAUACUGUUUGUUACUUCUUUACAUUGUCUUUGAUGAAGACCUCUGCUGUGAGUUGGAGUUGAAAUCAUUUUUUUGAAUCAUAAUCACUCUCAGAUUGUUGGGUGUUAAAACAGUCAUAAAUUAAAAGAAAGAAAGAAAGCAGAACGGGGAACUACAGCCUCAAGAUUCAGAUUUUUUUUUUUCAUCAAUAUUUGGCAUUUUUUUCUCCCCUCUUUCUCUGUCUUUCGCUCUUUCAUCCUUGCUCUCUUUGGGUGGAGAUAAUGCUGUUUUGAGUUGAAAUCAGUGACUCUGUACAGGUUAGGUGACGUUUUUUCGUUUCAGCGACCAUGUGCUAAUGUUGUGUGUUUCAGGAAUGGUCCAAAGCCCCCACCAUAUCUUACCAUUAAAGGUCAUGUUUGUUAUAUAUCAUUUGGUUGGCACAUAGUUCUCCACUGGAAUCUUACAACUGGGAGCUCCAAAACAGAACUGGUAGAAAUGUGUUCAUUCACCCAGUUUACUCUCUCUCAUCUGCCGUUUGUCCAGUGUUUGUUGUUUUCCCUUUGACGGCAACAAAACAAGACGCCCAUUUUGUGUUAAGAAGCACAAAACGUUCCUUUUUAGAAAAGGAUUAUUUGAUCCCUUUUGCUCCUUUCUGAUAUAUACAUAUAUUUUUUGGAAUCCCAUUAACGAGCAGAAACUUUCUUUAAACAUCAUUUUUUGUACAUUGUGGCAUGACGCGGAAAGUGAAGUUGUGUAGGACGUUGUUGGUCUAGCAUAGUUGGAAAAAAAAAAAAAAAAAAAAAGAUUUUGCUAACAUUGUAGAACUCAUCAACUUGCCUAUUGCUUGUGCUUAAUACUGAUAGGUGUUGUUUGACUUCACGUAGAAAAUAGCUAGUUUGCUGGGUGGUGAUAUCAACUUAAAUAAAUGUAUAUGUAUGGACAUGAGCUCUUUCCCUGCUUGCCCCAAUGUAAAUUCAUCAGAUUUGUACACAAGGUUUAUAUCACAUUUGUACAGGUCUUUCUCAAAUGAUUUCAAAAAACCAGGCCUGACUUGUUUCUGUUUUUGUUUGUUUGUUUGUUUUUUAAUGGGGGAAGGAGGGGCACUAAUAUGGACAGCUACGGAGAGAAUAUGCUUAGAGUUUGUGUAGGCUGAGUAUUUUGGGCAGAGGUUGUCUUUGUAAACACACAGGCUAUGGGUUCAGAUGCUAACCUGCUUAAAACAGUGCCAUGUGGAGUGCAAAAAAAAAAAAACCUUUGGAUUGUAUCCAUGUUUGUGAUUUUAUUUGAUGUUUGUUCCCAGUUGUCCCACAAAAUCUGACAACUAAUCCAAUCAAUGCGUCUCUUUUCAGUUGAAAAUAGAUUGUGGGUCAUUUGGCUUGAAGUGCAAGUUGUGAUUCCUUUGUUUAUCUACAAAAUGAUGUCCAGACAGAAGCAAGAGGAAGAGAGGUGAACUCUUCACAUACACAGCUUGUGUUUUCCUGACUAGCCUGUAUUUACACAUUGUUAGGGAGACUGUGGCUUUUUUCCCAUCUCGUUUUAAUUGCAUGAUUCAUGGGAAACGCUGUCAGAGUUAUAGCCUGAGUUUAAGUACAAUGGAAGUCCAACAGAGAAGAGAGUUUCAAGCCUAAGUUUCGCAUUAGAGUCCUUUAAAUGGAUUUUUUUUCACCUUAACACAGUAUUGUACAACAGUAGGAGAAAAGAGAUAGAUGUGGUAUAGAAGAUGCUCAUGUAUAUGGAUACGUUAUUAGGAGAGUGGUAUGCUAUUUCAUAAUUUUAGGGACAUUAUAUUCUUAAGUUAUGAUAGACUGAUUCGGCAUGAGGUUGGAUUACACCAUCAGUGUCCCAGAAACACUUGUGCUAAUUUAGCUGUGGCUUUGUUGCCAUUCUGCGUAGCAUAGACGUCGGGACAACCUGUAUGGGCCACACAAACUCACCAGUUUCUUCAUUUGGUUUUGCCUUUAUCUUUUAUUCCCCCAAACUGACAAAGUGAAAGACCAGAUAAAAAUGUGGAACAUUUGUUUGCUUUUUUUUUUGUUUUGUUGUUGUUUUCAUUUUUAAACUUUAUUAGUCAUAAAUUGAAAUGGCUUAAAGAAUCUAAGAGACUCAAAUAAACAAAUGUAUAAGUGUGCUUCCAUCGAUAGUUUAAUUGUAAAUUAUUUGGAAAACUUUGUGGCAAAAAGUAAAAAAAGAAAGAAAGAAAUCUUUAUGCUUCAUUUUCUUUUCCCUUUUAAGGAUGAUGAGAACAUUCUGACAGGGAGUUAUUAAUGUUUAUAGGGGCACUAAGCUAGGGGAGGGAGGGUGGAGAAGUACCAUAUGUGUGGCCAUUUUUUUUUCCAUCUUCCUCUUUUUGGCAUCUACUGUCAGUCCGCUUCCCCUUACACGUCCAUCAGCCUCAGCACAUACACACAAGCAGCCAUAACACACAGGGAUUCAAACCCUCUCACACACACACACACACACACACACACACGUUUAGGGCAUAGUUGAGAUUAGGGACUCUUCACUGUUUUAUCCCUGACAGUAAGAGGGGAGAGGACUCCUGUGUUUGCAGCUGCUGCUCUGUGCUCAGAGGCUCCAUGUGCUAUUACAGAGCCCCACCACAUCAUCACCUAGGCCUCUGUGUUGGCUGUUGUUCAGUGCACUUUGCAUGCAUCUGGUGUGGACUUCAGGCUGUCCAGUCACUGAUCUCCCAAAUCUCUGCUCGUAUGAGGGUUCACAGCAAUUUUUAUAACAAAGGCGAAUGGAUGAGCACACAGCAUGGAAUUUUUUUUUUUCAGUAGUAUCUGUAUCUGGUACCUAGUGUGUGAUACUUCAAGGAAAAAAAAAAUUUUUUUUUAAUCAGUCCUAAGUAUUAUGGUAAUUACUCCCUCCUUCUCUCUUUCUUCCUUUUGCCAACUUCUCUUGAUCAGUUUUAUUUUCUCCCUUUUACUUUGCAUUGUGAAGUGGGCAUGCUUGUCACGAAAGACAAAUGCUCUCUAUCUAUAGGAUUAUAACCUCUUCAAUAGUUGUGUAUAAUAAACUGUAAU